GCAGAAAGGCAAAGCCAGCGAGAGACAGAGCCAGCCAGCAGCGCUCGGGGGAAAGGGAGAGAGCGAGCACUCGACGAGAUAACAGGAGAUAGGCGUGGGAAACAACAGCCCUCCCACUGGACAGCACAGGCAAGAGAUACAGGCAGCAACAGGAGAGCCAGCGCUAAACACAACCGUGUGAGCGUGUGUGUUCAGCCGACGCGUGUGUAUCCGUGGUUCCUCCGAGGCCGUGGCAGGCAUGGCGUCGGAGCCCGGCACCCAGUCCAGGGUGAUGUUCCAGACAGCAGAUAAGACAGAAGAACCGCCACACCGCAAGCUGGGCAAGCUGACAGUGAAGUACAAUCGCAAGGACCUGCAGAGGAGGCUGGAUAUCGAGGAGUGGAUUGACGGACAGCUUCACCUGCUCUUCGACUGUGAGGAGGAGGAGAUCCCAGAGUUAGAGAUUGACAUAGAUGAGCUCCUGGAGCUGUCAGACGAGGGGCAGAGAAGCCGGCUGCAGGAGCUGUUGCAGGAAUGUGGCAAGCCAAAAGAGGAUUUUAUCAACGGGCUGCUGUACAGGAUGAAGGGUCUACGCAAAAUGUCGGGGCCCUUGAAAAAAUGAUGCUAGGUCAAAUUAAGAAUUGUGACAAUGGGAAGCCUCUAACCUCCCCUCCCCCCCUCCAUUAACUGUUAUGGAUGUCGCUAUGUGUGGUUUACAUGUAAAUGGGACCCUCCUCCUGCACACGUGGGUCAGCGUCAGUUGAUCUGGAUUAGGACUGUUUUUUAUGUGACUUUUAUUUAUGGACAACUGUUUUUGACCCCCUUCAACGUACCAAUUACCAACCGGUGAUAACGACGUCUUGUCUAUUACUCAGAUGGACUGCUUUUUUUGUGAGAUUGUACAUUUUCAGUUGCCUAUUUAUGUACAUAAAUAUUUUUGUCCCGAUGACAAGUGUUGUUCGUCAAAAUAAAGAAGACAUU